AUGCCGUCGAAGUCAUUGUCACGAGUGGUGUUGUCGGUGAAGACAGUGCGUCCAGAAGUGAAGGACCACUGGUUGCCAAUACCGGCCGAAGUGGUGACCAUCGAUGGCCUUAUCCGACAUAUACUCACCAAAAAGUCCAUCGACAGAGACAUCGAUGACGUUGAGCUGUAUCUGUUCGCCGAUCUUCUUCACGGCGACACAUCCGUCGCCGAAGUCCUGAGAGAUAGAGAUCGCAUUGAGUUGCGGCUCAAGACAACCGCCGCCGCCGCCGAUGGACACCAUAAACAGCGGAUCAACUCAUUGGCCAACACUUCCGGUGAUAAGAAGCGGAAGACUUUGUUGACAAUUGCCGAACGAGAUCAUAGCGAAGACUCGCCGGACAGCGCUGUCGGACACACCGGUGAUGAUAGUCGGCGAACGGCUGAUCGACGGCCGACCAAACGGUCCAAGAAGUCUAUAGUGGCGGCCAAUCGGAGCCAAGAGUUGGUCAGCGAUUCAGAGCUCAGAGUCGGUGAUCAACCGGUGGUGACCAGCAGUGGUCUCGUUGACAGUCGCCGCCCAUCGCUGGACAACAAUUGUUCCGGAGACGAAUCGCCGACCACUGCAUCGGCAGACAUAGUGGUGAUGAAAGCGGAGACUCGGAAACCAAAGAUUAAACGGAAACACAAACUGCAGAAACUGGUGACCAAUGAACCGGCGGUCGAGACAAAGACUGAACCGAUGGCGGCCGACAAAGAGAAGGUCGAUGACGACGGGUCCGGAACCGUUGCGUCCAAUGAUAGCGCCAGUGGUGGUGACAAUCGGCCAAAGAGUGGCCAAAAAAUGCGGUGCGAACUACAAGACUGUGACUACAAGACCCGCAGCGCUGCCGACUUCGCUGACCACCAGUCCGGCCAUAACAGCGCCGCCGCCGUCACCGACGGUCUGUGGAAAUGUGCGAUCAAUGGCUGCGGCAAAGGGUUUAAACAACGCAAAGGAUUGACUGAACAUCACCUCCGAGUGCAUCCCAAUGAGUGCCCAGACGUGCCGUGGAUUGAAUGCUCGCACACCGGCUGCGCGUUUCGUAGCAAAUCCAACGGUAGUGUCAAUAAGCACCUGAAGCUUCACAAUAAGACCUGA